AUGGUGUCGAGCAGAUUUUCCGAUACCACAUCCUCUAGUACACUGUCCCACAAGUCUAUCAAGACAGAGGUCAGCGCUGUCGCUGGUGUCGUCGUGAAGGAGAGGAGCGAUGAGAGCCUAACGAUCGGUGUCGUGCGGGAGCAGAGCUUGGAUGAGCUGGAGAAAGUAUGCGCAGAAGGUCCAAAGCUUCUUGGAUUCAUCCGACGUAAACGGCUCCAAGACACCCUCGCGGCGAUGAAGACCACAUCUAAGCAACACAUUCUCAAUCUUCUGGUUAGCCCUGAUGUGGAUGAGAUUUGGUUCCAUGUCCCAUCGCACUUCAGCCAGCUCAAAGUUCUUCGUUGCGCGGCGCAUGGCAGCAAGGGGAAGCUGUACAUCGAUGGCUCGUCUACCUACAACAGCGUCCGCCUGGAUAAGUGGCAAGCACAUCGACACAAACGUCAUACCCUCCUGCUAGGCUACGCAAGGGGCGUCCGCAUUAGGGUCGCUGAGAUUGUCAACAUGCCCAACUGGGCAAGAUGUCGAAACCAGUUCACCGAGUCGGAACAGGCCGAGCUACGUCAGCACUUCGACGCACUAUCCGGUAAGAGUCGCUGGGAUGACAUCAAAGGGGUCGUCGCAGCAAUCGUCGGUCUCGCCGUCGGGACUGUGAAGAUCAAGAUCGCUGCGAACGCAGCAGUGGGCGGUGUCUAUGUCAAGUACGCCUUUGGUUUCCAUGCUCUGGAGCUCGACGCGGCCGGUGCAAGAGCUGCCACUAUCGUCACCGCAGCAGGGCCGGCCGUUGUCAUGGGAGUAACUGCCGCGGCGGCUGUCUAUUUCAUACCAUGGGAGAGUCUUAUGGACUGGCUGAGAGGAGCUCUAUCCUUUCUUUGGGACAAGGUUUGUGCUGUCUGGGAGCGAUUCAAAAGUUGGGCCAUGCAGUUGUUUGGGGGUCACACCGGGCCUAGGCCGAUGGAGUUUGCCGUGUAG